AUGGAUAAUCAAUCCGCAACUUCUAGUCUCGUAAGCAAGCGGAACAGCCCACAGUUUCCCGAUGCAUCAAGAUACUUCAAGAUCAACAAAAUUACAGGACAGCUACAAACCUAUUGGGGAGAAUCUCCCGCUUCUAGACUGCCUACAAACACUUCGACUCCCACCAACAUGGCGCCACCGGAAAUAGGGUUCUAUGUUCUACUCGUAGAGCUACGUGAUGGUGGCAGACCACCUUUGAGCUCCACCGCAGUGUUCUAUGUAAAUAUUAGUGAACCGAUUCAGAAGUAUUUUGGUUACUAUUUGUUCAGCGGAAUGAAUAUUAGCAAUGUUUUGAUAAUGUGUAUCAUUGUCUCGUGCAGUGUCAUACUGAUAAUAAGCUUGAUUGGUGCCAUAUGUUGGGUUCGAUUGCGGAAGAACACGCCACUGGGGAAUGGGGUGGACGGGGGGAAUUCGGUGAACUCUUCCGUGAAGCAUCUACCCUCAGGACCCCAUGUUGUUCCGCUUAUACCAGCCAAACGAAUCAGUAACUACGAGUUGGAUCAGGACAUGUUCAAUCCUGAUUGUGUGUCAUGGCGACCGGAUUACACAUCUGAUUUCCCAGUAAACGACAGCUCUGCUUUGAGUUUUUCUCCCCAUGCAGGUAUAACGACCAACUUCUCUUCCGGGAGCUGCAACUGUGCACACGGUGGAACCUUGUUUAGCACGGGCUGUGAUUCAACGGUGAAUAACUUUCGGCAACCUGGUUUGCACUCGCGAUUGGAUCAAUACUACGUGGAUGAAGCAUCCCACCUCUACGGAAUAGCGGACCCAGCUGUUGUAUCCUCAAUUCUUUAUCAGUCCGAACCGAAUCAUUUUGAAAAUGCGCACUACUCAAUGGGCGGGACUACCACAAAUAGUAAUAAUGGGGGGAGUGAUAGUGGAAUCGACAGCGGUACUGGAUUCGUGACCUCUAUGUUGACUGGCACCAUGGAAUCGAAUACAAAACAUACCGUGGAUAUUCGGAACCUGGGAGCGAAACCCGUGUUCUCAGUGAAAACAUUGAACUAUUAG